GGCAUGGCUUCUAUAAAAAUUGAAAAUUUAAUUGAAAUGAAAGCUGGUAAGAUGUAUUUAAAAGGCGAUACCAUUUUCCCCGAUAAACGUAAAGGGCUUUUAUAUUUAUAUCGUUCUGAUGAUGCCCUUGUACAUUUCUGUUGGAAGGAUCGAACAACUGGUCUUGUUGAAGAUGAUUUAAUCUUGUUUCCUGAUGAUGUGGAAGUAAAAAAAAUUGAAUCUUGUAAAGAUGGUAGAAUAUAUCUUCUAAAAUUCAAAUCUGCCCAAAACAAACAAUUUUAUUGGAUGCAAGAGUCAAAAGUUGAAAAGGAUGAAGAGAAUUGGAAAAAAAUUAUAGAUAUUGUUAAUGGGGAUAAUGAAUCAGAAAAUAUGGAUCAUGAAAGCACCAUGAACAAUUUUAAUUCUGAUUUGUCAAGUAUCAAUUUAGGAAAUAUGAAUGAUAGUGACCUGCAGACAUUAUUAGGGAGCUUGAAUAGAAAUCAAUUAGUUCAGUUGUUAUCUAAUAAUUUGGGUAAUCUUAGUAGCAUUCUGGGUAUGAAUUCUAAUGCUUCUCAAAGUUCCCUCAGUAAAAUUAAUAAAAGGUUAGGUGAACAAUCUGGUACCAAAGCAGCGGCAUAUAUUCAGGAUUCCGCUAGUACAGAUACUAAAUCUAACAAAUUAUAUUCACAAGCUCAAAAACCAAAUGAUAAAAAAAUGCACAAGAAAAUUGAAUUGUCAUUAUUACAAAAUGUCUUAUCAAAUUUAGAUAAGUCAACUAAUCCUCCCAUCGAAGCUGAACAAAACAAAAUUGUAGAUAAAUGUUCUGACUUCUUUAAAUUAGAUCUCAUUAAUAAUGUUUGCACCUCCCACAGUAAUGUUAAAGAUCUUAUGACUUACCUUCCCCAAAGACCUUCAAAUUAUGACAUAUCUGAUCAAGAAUAUGUCAAAGAAAAUUUAUUAUGUCCUCAAUUUAAACAAGCAUUUCGAGUAUUUUACCAAGCCUUUUUAUCUGGUCAGUUAACCUCUUUGAUACAAGGUUUCGGAUUUAAAGGGAAAGUCGUUGACGCUUGUACCAAUGGAGACUGGGCACAAUUUAUUCAAGCUUUAGAUGAGCAUCAUCAGAAUCUAAAGAAAGAUAAUCAUAGUUUGGAUUAACCAGAAAAACAAAUUUACAUUAAAAAAUAUAUUUUUCUAAAUGAAAUGAUUUGUACGUUUAUGUUAAUAUUUAUUUUUUGUUUGGUAAAUUUAAAGUUCGAUUUUUUACGAAAAAUUAUAAAAUUACGAAUUUUAUAAAAAUUUAUAGCAAAAAAAAAUUUUCAAUAAUUGCAUAGUUUUUAUUCAGAAAACUUCCCGUAUAAUUUUUCUAAUAAAUGA